UGAUCUAUGUGUCGCCCCUCGUUCCGCAAUAUAUACCCGACCGACUCGACGAUGCGUCUUCAGCCGAUUCUUUAAGCUUCGACCAUGGCGACGUCCUUCUUCCUGUGGCCCUCUCCCCAGAGCAAGACAGAAGACGCCGGCGGAGGAGGCGGCGGCGGCGGCACAGCCAAUGGCUACGCCGUGGCUGCUACGGUGGCGAAGGCGAAGAUUCGAAAAGGCGGAGGGACUAAGGCGGCCGGGCCAAAGCGCCCACCGCAGCGCGGCCUCGGCGUUGCCCAGCUAGAGCAGAUCCGCCUCCAGGAGCUCGGCUCCUCCCACAACGACCUUCCGCCCCUCAACUUCCUACAGCUCAGCCCCGUCGCCGCCGGCCCCUCAGCCAUCUACGGCAGGCCCGUCUCCUAUACCAUAGGCCAUCAAAUGCACUGUUACCCCUAUCCCUUACGCCCUACGGCACCGCCGUCUGUGACGACCUUCGAUGGAGACUCUGCUGGCUCCGCCGCCCGAUCUGUGCUCGGGGAUCCGUUAGCGCUGGAUGGCCACCAAAGAGCGGUGGCGGACGACAGAUUCCGGAUCGGAGGUCAAUUUCUAGAGCCCCCUUCAAGCCAAAUUACCCAUUGCCUCUCCGGUCAGUGCGAGUUCUGUGCCAGAAAGAAACGUCUCUUCGGCAACAAUCAAUCUUCUAACCUGUCCAACGGUGCUGAUUACUUCGAGAUGAAUCUCGCCGCCGCCAUGGCUGUCAAUCUGGUAAUCAGUAUCCCACGCCAAUAUUGCUCUCUCAAUCUAAUCCUUUCGAAUUCUGUCACCUUCUAUAUCGUUCUUUUGAUUUCUUCUCCGUGGACUGCAUGCAGAAGCCAUCAGAGAAGAAGGAUAGGGUGGUAAUCAAGGAGUUUGAUUUCUUCCCGUCGUCGAGCGGCCUGAGCGAAUCCAUCAAUGGCGCUUCAUCUGAGUUUGCUAACCCAACGGCGCCUGGUGAUUCAUCUUCUUCCUUCUCAGCUGCUACUCCCCUCGAUCUCUCGCUUAAGCUAUCCUUGUAAUUAAUUAUCUCCUCAUCACUAGUAUGUUCAUCGACGAUCGAUAUUAGUUACGUAUCUCCAAUCUACUUCUCCAUCAGCUUAAUCUUCAGUCUCGAACUUAAAU